AGAGCAAUAAUUAAAGUCUGUUAGAGAGAGAGAGAGAGAGAGAGAGAGAGAGAGAGAGAGAGAGAGAGAGAAGUAAAGCUCCAGAGAAAAUGGCAAUGGUGCCGUGGAUUCGAGUCGUACUUCUGGUGGCGUGUUUGUGUUUUCCGGUAUCCGUGGAAUGCAUGGUUCGACAUUACAAGUUUAAUGUGGUGCAGAAGAAUAUCUCAAGAUUGUGUUCAAGCAAGCCCAUUGUCACUGUCAAUGGAAGGUAUCCUGGUCCCACCAUUUAUGCUAGGGAAGAUGAUACAGUGCUAAUCAAGGUGGUCAACCAUGUCAAAUACAAUGUUAGCAUCCACUGGCAUGGGAUUCGACAACUCCGAACGGGCUGGGCCGAUGGGCCAGCAUACAUAACCCAGUGUCCAAUUCAACCGGACCAGCAAUAUGUAUACAACUUCACCAUCACUGGGCAAAGGGGCACACUUUGGUGGCAUGCGCACAUUCUGUGGCUCAGGGCCACUGUCCAUGGUGCCUUGGUCAUCUUACCCAAGCUUGGUGUCCCAUACCCAUUUCCUGCUCCCCAAAAGGAAUUGGUUGUGAUUUUAGGUGAAUGGUGGAAAUCAGAUACGGAAGCUGUCAUCAAUGAGGCUUUGAGAUCUGGCUUAGCCCCAAAUGUCUCUGAUGCUCACACAAUCAAUGGUCACCCAGGGCCACUCUCAACUUGUCAACCACAAGGAGGGUUAAAAUUACCGGUAAGACCUGGGAAGACAUACAUGCUAAGAAUCAUCAAUGCUGCACUGAAUGAAGAGCUCUUCUUUAAGAUUGCUAACCACAAAUUAACGGUAGUCGAAGUUGAUGCUGUGUACACAAAACCCUUCAAAACUGACACCAUUCUCAUAGCCCCGGGGCAAACAACAAAUGUUCUUGUAACAACAAACCUUGGCUCAGGCAAGUUCUUGGUUGCAGCCUCACCAUUCAUGGACAAUCCGACCAUCGUUGUGGACAACAAGACCGCCACCGCUACUUUGCACUAUAUAGGCACCCUUCAAAGCACGAAGACCAUUCUCACAGCCCCACCUCCUCAAAAUGCCACAAUUGUGGCAACAAACUUUACAAACUCCCUCAAAAGUCUAAACUCAAUCCGAUUUCCAGCUAGGGUUCCGUUGAAGGUUGACCACUCCCUUUUGUUCACUGUUAGUUUAGGGCUUCACACUUGCGCUUCAUGUACCAAUGGUAACAGGGUGGUGGCAGAUAUCAACAAUGUCACAUUUGUGAUGCCUAAAAUUGCACUUCUUCAAGCACAUUUCUUCAACAUAAGUGGAGUUUUUACUGAUGAUUUUCCCGGAAACCCUCUGAAUCCUUAUAAUUACACCGGGACACAUCCGACGAAUUUGCAGACCAGGAAGGGGACUAGGCUUUAUAGACUUGCUUACAACUCCACAGUGCAACUUGUGUUGCAAGGCACUGGGAUGAUUGCCCCUGAAACCCAUCCGGUGCAUCUUCAUGGGUUUAAUUUCUUUGAGGUUGGGAGGGGACUGGGAAAUUUCAACCCAAAGAAGGAUCCAAAAAAAUUCAACCUCGUUGAUCCUGUUGAGAGGAACACAAUUGGAGUGCCAUCAAAUGGAUGGACUGCUAUCAGAUUCAAGGCUGAUAAUCCAGGGAUUUGGUUUAUGCAUUGCCAUCUUGAAGUGCACACAACAUGGGGGCUGAAGAUGGCAUUUGUGGUGGACAAUGGCAAAGGCCCAAAUGAAUCUGUUCUUCCACCUCCAAGUGACCUUCCCAAGUGCUAGUUAAUUGCAUCUCAUAAAUAUUUCCACCACAAAUUGUUGCCAAUUCAAUUCUCAAUACUCAAAGCAAUAUCAAAUAACAAGCAAAGAGGGCCAAAGUUAUGAACAAAUCAUGUCACAGACUCACAGCUGAGAUGGAAAGAAUUCUUUUGAGCAAGCUAAAGGAAGCUGCUACUGCAUGUUGAAUAAAAUGAACUUAUACUUGUUUUAAGACUAAGUUUUUUUUAAUAAAAAUUUUGUUCUGUUGAGUCUGUGGCAUUCUAAGAUUCGUACAGCCGACCCUACUUAGUGGAAUAAGGCUUGGUUGUUGUUGUUGUUGUUUUUUAUUUUGUUCUAUUGAGUGUCUUUGUGAAUGUUCAUAUGUUGGUAAUGGAAACAAUGAAGGAUUUUUGUUAUGA